AUGUGUUUGCACGGAUGAGUGCCGAAUGGGGAGCAGACCAACUCGUUGCAUCGCUUUGCGCAAAAUCCACCCCUUCUCUCUCCUCCCUCCCCUCCAGCCUCCGGAUCCCGCACAGCCCUCCCUCCCCUUCCCACAGCGCUCCUCUCUGGCUGCACCAGGGUUAGUCUCUGUAAGAAAUAGCAGGAACUGUGGCAGCGGCGAGAGGAAGCGGCUGAGACGCGUGGAACCUGAAAAAGUCUGGGUGCUCGGGUUUACCUCAUAGCGAGGUCCCAGCCAGCCGUCAGCACCAUGGACAGCAGCACCGUCCCCACCAACGCCAGCAAUUGCACUGAUCCCUAUACGCACUCUUCAAGUUGCUCCCCAGCACCUAGCCCCGGUUCCUGGGUCAACUUCUCCCACCUAGAUGGCAACCUGUCCGACCCAUGCGGUCCGAACGGCACCGAGCUGGGCGGGAGCGACAGCUCGUGCCCUCCGACCGGCAGUCCUUCCAUGAUCACAGCCAUCACCAUCAUGGCCCUCUACUCCAUCGUGUGCGUGGUGGGUCUCUUCGGAAACUUCCUGGUCAUGUAUGUGAUUGUCAGAUACACCAAAAUGAAGACUGCCACCAACAUCUACAUUUUCAACCUUGCUCUAGCAGACGCCUUAGCAACCAGUACCCUGCCCUUCCAGAGUGUCAAUUACCUAAUGGGUACAUGGCCGUUUGGAACCAUCCUCUGCAAGAUCGUGAUCUCCAUAGAUUACUAUAAUAUGUUCACCAGCAUCUUUACCCUCUGUACCAUGAGUGUCGACCGUUACAUCGCAGUCUGCCAUCCCGUCAAAGCCCUGGAUUUCCGUACUCCCCGCAAUGCCAAAAUUGUCAAUGUCUGCAACUGGAUCCUCUCUUCAGCCAUUGGUUUGCCUGUAAUGUUCAUGGCAACAACAAAGUACAGGCAUGGUUCCAUAGAUUGUACCCUCACAUUCUCUCACCCAACCUGGUACUGGGAAAACCUGCUGAAAAUUUGUGUUUUCAUCUUUGCCUUCAUCAUGCCUGUCCUCAUCAUUACAGUGUGUUAUGGACUGAUGAUCUUACGCCUCAAGAGUGUCCGUAUGCUCUCUGGCUCCAAAGAAAAGGACAGGAAUCUGCGAAGAAUCACCAGAAUGGUGCUGGUGGUUGUGGCUGUGUUCAUUGUUUGCUGGACUCCCAUUCACAUUUAUGUCAUCAUUAAAGCCUUGAUUACAAUCCCGGAAACUACAUUCCAGACCGUUUCCUGGCACUUCUGCAUUGCUCUAGGUUACACAAACAGCUGCCUAAAUCCUGUCCUUUACGCAUUUCUGGAUGAAAACUUCAAACGAUGCUUCAGAGAGUUCUGUAUCCCAACUUCCUCCACCAUUGAGCAACAAAACUCCACUCGAGUCCGUCAGAACACUAGAGACCACCCCUCCACGGCCAAUACAGUGGAUAGGACUAACCAUCAGCUAGAAAAUCUGGAAGCAGAAACUGCUCCAUUGCCCUAA